AUGUUUUCAGAGGUUCAAUCAAUUAACACGCCUGGCGGUAGUGUUGCAAAUGGUGCCACUAUUACAAUCACCUGGACAUACACAACACAACCGAAUCCACUUCCAGGAACUCUAAGUGUUAUCGACAACACGACUAAGAACACUGUUGUAAUUAGCAGUAAUAUAACUCUCUCUACUCAAUCUUUCCGAUGGACUGUCAAUGUUCCAGCUGGAACUUAUUACCUUGCUCUCAAUGACGGGUCUGGUGAUAAAUAUUCUGGAACUUUCACUGUCUUCCAAGCCGGUGCACCCCCUGCACCCGCUGCUUCUGGCACCGCAGCCGCUGCACCUCCAGCAGCAUCUGGUGCACCUGCUGCCACAGCCAGUGCUGCAAGUCUUACUGGAUCAAGCAUUUCUGGAUACAAACUUCUGUUUAGCCUUAUUGUAGUAGCAGCAGUAAUGGUUCAUUUUGCUUGA